AUGGCUUCCCGACUCGACCGCCUCGUCACGCUACUCGAGACGGGCAGUACUCAGUUGAUUCGUAAUACUGCUGCUCAGCAGCUUGCAGAUGUGCAAAAACAGCAUCCAGAUGAACUGUUUAACCUACUCGGGCGUAUUCUGCCUUACCUCAGAUCCAAGUCCUGGGACACAAGGACAGCUUCUGCUAAAGCUAUUGGACUGAUUGUCUCUAACGCAGAGGUGUAUGAUCCAAAUGAGGAUGAUGGACUCCAGAUUAAGUCAGCAGCAGACGAAGAUGAUGUGGAGAUUAAGUCCGAAGUCAAAUCUGAAGAGCCAAUACUGGCUGAUGAUUUCCUCAGACUCGACACCUUGGACAUCCCUUCCGUAUUAAAGUACGGCAAGCGGCUGCUCGGCGGUGCAGGCAAGGAGUAUGAGUACUCCCUCGCAUCCAUGGAACCAGCUUCACGCCUGCAGCACCAAAAGAAGACUUUGACUUCGCGGCUGGGUCUCGAAGGGGAAUACCUUGAAGAAGACCUGAUCGAAGACACCGAAUUGGCUCCUAAAGUGGUAACUCCUGCUCCAAAGCAUGAACCGAAUAUUCCACCAGUCUCUCGCCACAACAGUCUGCAUGAAGCUCCCUCCCGCCAGCCCUCCUCGCCUCUUGAAAGUGCGACAAAGGAGGACGGGGGGCUGAGCAAGCGACAGCUCAAUCAACUCAAACGGAAGAAUAAGCAGAAUGCUAAGAUGGGGGCUAACAAGGUCCGUGUCGUAGAUCUGUCUUCCCGUCGACAGUCCGACAAUCUCACAACUUCUGCUGCCACAACUCCUCACCCCGUCAAAGCAGAGAACGGCGAUGACCAGAAUGGCGAGGCAAAACCUGAUUACUUUUCGCUGGAGCGCACUGAAGAAGAUGACGACUCUAAGCUUGUUACUGAAUACAAAGGAGCUGCCAUCCCAGAGCGAUCUCAUAUUCAGCCAGACAUUGUGGAGCAGGGCGGAGGAUGGCCUCUGGAACACAUGUGUGAAUUCUUGACCAUGGACAUCUUUGACUCAAAUUGGGAAGUCCGACAUGGCGCCGCAAUGGCUCUGCGGGAAGUCAUCAGGGUCCAGGGUGUGGCGGCUGGCCGGCUGGAUGGAAAAAGUCGCUCGGAAAACGAUGCACUCAACCGCCGGUGGCUGGAUGACCUCUCAUGUCGACUACUCUGCGUUUUGAUGCUGGAUCGAUUUGGUGAUUAUAUUUCAGACAAUGUGGUUGCCCCAAUUCGGGAAACCGUAGGCCAGACUCUUGGUGCUCUUCUCUCACACCUACACCCGAACUCAGUCCGGGCGGUCUAUCGAUGCCUAUACCGGAUCAUAAUGCAGACCGACCUGGGACUAGACCGCCCGGUAUGGGAGGUUUGUCAUGGUGGUAUGAUCGGGCUGCGCUACCUUGUCGCAGUUCGAAAGGACUUGCUUGUCAAGGAUUCCAGCAUGAUGGAUGGCGUCCUGGAAGCUGUCAUGAAAGGCCUCGCUGACUAUGAUGAUGAUGUCCGGGCUGUAAGCGCCGCUACCCUUGUUCCAAUUGCGGAGGAGUUCGUAUCAUCUCGGACUGGCACUCUUGGUCCUCUGAUGAACAUCGUCUGGGACUGUCUCUCCAAUCUGCAGGACGAUCUUAGUGCCAGUACAGGCUCUGUGAUGGACCUUUUGGCCAAGCUGUGCACAUUCUCUCAAGUUCUGGAUGCCAUGAAGGCCAAUGCCGCAGAUGAUCCGGAAGCGUCCUUUGGCAAACUUGUCCCCCGCCUUUACCCAUUCCUCCGUCAUACCAUCACCAGCGUUCGCUCUGCUGUCCUUCGGGCUCUCAUGACAUUCUUGAAGCUGGAAGGCGAGGGCACCACAGAUUGGGUAGAUGGCAAGGCAUUGCGGUUGAUUUUCCAAAAUCUCCUCGUGGAGCGCAACGAGAGUGUUUUGAAACUGUCUGGUCAAGUGUGGUCUGAACUUCUCAACGUUGUUGAGUUGCGCGGUUCACUCAAAUCCGAAGAGGUGUUAUCAGAUUCCAUCCAGCCGCUUGUCACUCUGACUCUGGGCGCUUUCGGCGUUCCCCGGUAUCCCAUCCCCAUGAACGCCUCGCUCUUUAUCAAACCGUCUGGUCUGCCAUUCUCCACCGCUGCCCCGGCCCCUACCCCUUCCAAAAGCUCUCCUCCUGCCUCAAUUCCAGGCGGAACUGAGAAUAAGGUGGGACGGAGGCGUAAAUCAGAGAAGAAAGAGAAAGAACCACCUCCACCCUCGGCUCACAACGUGGACGGACACAUGCUCUCUGGUGAUAUUGACCUCGUUGGUGCAGACACUAUGCUGAGAUCCAAGAUUUACGCUGCGAAGGCGCUGGGUGAACUGGUAUAUCUUUGGGAUAAGAAUGACCUACCAAGCCUUUGGCCGGCAAUUCUGGAUGGCCUUGAUGUUUCUGCUUCCACAACGCAGCUUGCCUCGGCCAUGGUCAUAGAAGAGUAUGCUCGCCGAUCCGGACCAGCGAGCAAAUACUGCGCGUCUCUAUGUGACCGGCUUCGACCUAUUCUCGAAGGCGAGCGCCCACCUUGGUACGCGGACAUUGCGUGCUACCUUCAUGUCGCACGCUCCCAGUGCCAUUCACUAUUGAAUACUUUCCGAGAUCAUGCGCAUGUGGCACCUUCCCGGCUGCCAACCUUGGCUGUGGUCGUCCAGGGCGACUCAGAAGCCGGACCUAAUGCAUUUUCCCUGGCAGAUGCUGAGAAAAUUGUUGGUCCCGACUUUGAUCGACUGAAGAAGAACCUCACACCGGCUCAACGAAUCACUGCUACUCAAGUCUUGAACGAUACUCGGACCACUGCACAAUCUGCUGUCGAGGAGGCACGACUGAUAAGGGAACAGCGGGACAUGCGUGUCCUAGCUGCCACUGCUGGUGCACUGGUCGCUUUGCGGGAUAUCCCCAAGAAGCCUGGUCACAUCAUCAAGGGCAUGAUGGACAGUGUCAAGAAAGAGGAGAAUGUAGAACUUCAGCAGCGCUCUGCAACAGCAGUGGCAGGCCUUAUCGAACACUACACAGCUGCUACGAAGCGUGGACCAGUGGACAAAAUCAUUGGGAACUUGGUCAAAUACUGCUGUGUGGACACUUCUGAGACGCCUGAAUUCCUGCACAAUGUGCAAUUGGAGAAAUCAAUUCUGUCGCUACGCAAAGAAGAAGAUCGACGCGACCAUCCAGAUGCGGCCAAAUUCGAAAAAGAGGCAAGGGAUGCACGGAUUAUGCGUCGCGGUGCGAAGGAUGCGCUGGAGCAACUGGCAGUCAAGUUCGGCGCUGAGCUUUUGGAGAAGGUCCCGAACCUCGCGAAAUUGGUUGAACGGCCACUGAGAGAUGCUUUGGCAGGGGAUGAACUCCCCGAGGACAUCACUGACCCAGAGAAUGAACUUGGCCAAGAAAUUGUGGAUGGCCUGUCUACACUGCGGGCUCUGCUGCCCAAGUUCGAUCCGGGUCUUCACGAAUGGGUUAUCGACCUUAUGCCCAUUAUCGCCAAGGGUUUGCAGUGUCGACUUUCUGUCAUUCGCUACGCAGCAGCCAAAUGUUUCGCUACAAUAUGUAGUGUCAUUACCGUCAAGGGAAUGACGAUGCUGGUUGAAAAGGUCUUACCAAUCAUCAAUAAUGGGCUGGAUGUCAAUCACCGCCAAGGUGCGAUUGAGUGCAUCUAUCAUCUGAUCCAUGUUAUGGAAGAUGGAAUCCUCCCCUAUGUCAUCUUCCUGGUGGUUCCCGUCCUUGGCCGGAUGAGCGACUCCGACAAUGAUGUGCGUCUUCUAGCAACAACAUCAUUCGCCACCCUUGUUAAACUGGUUCCCCUGGAGGCUGGCAUCCCUGACCCCCUGGCUUUUCAGCAGAGUUGCUUGAAGGCCGUGACCGAGAAAGGAAAUUCAUGUCUCAGAUGCUGGACGUCCCAAGAUGGUGUCAAUUGGCUUGCUUUCCUCAAUCGCUAUAACCUCCAUGGUAUUCUUUGCGACGACAUGGGUCUCGGCAAGACCCUGCAGACCAUUUGUAUCGUGGCAAGUGACCACCAUAUGCGAGCGGAGGAGUUUGCCAAGAGUCAAUCGACAGACUCUCGAAAGCUGCCUUCUUUGAUUGUCUGUCCGCCUUCUCUAUCUGGUCAUUGGCAGCAGGAAGUCAAACAGUAUGCUCCAUUCCUCAGUUGCAUUGCAUAUGUCGGUCCUCCCGCGGAACGGUCGAGACUCCAACCCCUGCUCGCCAACACUGAUGUUAUUGUAACUUCCUACGAUGUUUGCCGCAAUGACAACGAUAUUCUUUGCCCUAUCAACUUCAACUACUGCGUGCUCGAUGAGGGCCAUCUUAUCAAGAACCCGAAGGCCAAGAUCACGUCUUCAGUUAAAAAGUUAGCUAGCAAUCACCGUCUGAUUUUGUCUGGUACUCCAAUCCAGAACAACGUCCUUGAACUUUGGUCGCUGUUUGAUUUCUUGAUGCCCGGUUUCUUGGGAACAGAAAAGGUCUUCCUGGAUCGGUUUGCUAAGCCCAUUGCAGCGAGUCGUUUCAGCAAGUCCUCUUCCAAAGAACAAGAGGCAGGCGCUCUAGCAAUUGAGGCACUGCACAAGCAGGUCCUGCCAUUCCUACUCCGUCGCCUGAAGGAGGAAGUGUUGAAUGACCUCCCUCCCAAGAUUAUCCAGAACUACUACUGCGAUCCAAGUGAGCUGCAGAAGAAACUGUUCGAGGACUUCUCCAAGAAGGAACAGAAGGAAUUGGCAGACAAGGUGGGCAGCGCAGACCGAGGCGACAAAGAACAUAUCUUCCAGGCGCUUCAAUAUAUGCGACGUCUAUGUAACUCUCCCGCGUUGGUUGUCAAGGAAGGACAUAAGCAGUACAACGAGGUGCAAUCCUUCUUGACUGCGAAGCGUUCGAAUAUUAGAGAUCUUGCCCACGCGCCCAAGCUCAACGCUCUGAAAGAUUUACUGGUGGAUUGCGGCAUUGGCCUUGACCACACAGCAGAGGGUGAACUGGACACAGGCGCAAGCUAUGUCAGCCCCCACCGAGCCCUUGUGUUCUGUCAGAUGAAAGAGAUGCUGGAUAUUGUGCAAAACGAUGUCCUCAAGAAACUUCUCCCCUCCGUUCAGUACCUUCGCCUGGAUGGAGGCGUGGAAGCAACUAAGCGCCAGGACAUCGUUAACCGAUUCAACACCGAUCCCAGUUAUGAUGUCUUACUCCUGACCACCAGUGUUGGUGGAUUGGGUCUCAACCUUACGGGUGCAGACACCGUCAUCUUCGUGGAGCAUGACUGGAACCCGCAGAAAGAUAUCCAGGCUAUGGACCGUGCCCAUCGUAUCGGCCAAAAGAAGGUUGUCAACGUGUACCGCUUGAUCACGCGAGGUACCUUAGAGGAAAAGAUCCUGAACUUGCAACGAUUCAAGAUCGACGUUGCCUCCACCGUGGUCAAUCAACAAAACGCCGGGCUCGGAACAAUGGACACAGACCAACUGCUCGACCUGUUCAAUCUCGGGGAAACGGCAGACACAGCCGAGAAGCCAAGCGACACAGCCGGUAACGAAGUCGACAUGGUCGAUAUUGAUGGCGAGGUCAAGGAGAAGGGCAAGAAGGGCUGGCUAGACGAUCUGGGCGAGCUUUGGGAUGACCGCCAGUAUCAGGAGGAAUACAACCUGGAUUCGUUCCUCGAAACCAUGAAAAACUGA